CUGGAGGCUGCGGGGCGGGGCAGUCCAGCCCGCCCGCCCCUGCUGCCCCGCGGCCCGCCCUCUGGCCGCGUCCCGGCCCGCACUGCCGACGUGGCGGGGUAGGUCCCGCCGGCGCUCCGCGCACUUGGCCGCCCGAGCGAUACUAAAAUGUCUGAUGAUGCCAGUGACACCGUAGCCACUGGAGAUCCACAAGAAACUACUGAGGUGCCCAGUAGUGCUUCUUCACCUGAAGAUGCAGAAGUGCACUGCAGUUCAGCUGUUAUCUCAAGUGAACCAGUGCCACCUGACCCCGAAGAUGUGCAUGAAAAUGAAGUUGUUCUGGAUGAUAAAGCUGCUGGAACAGGGAACACAGAGCAACUCAGAGACUCCAGUGCCACAGAAUCCCCUCACAAUGGAGAAAUGACUGAGGAUGUUCUUGUUGAAUGCAUUGACUCCAUCAGCCUUGAGGCAGAAUCUGGAUCCGAAAUACCCCUGAAAGAACAGAAUAAUCUGACCAUAGAUUCCCCUCCAAGUGGUGGGGGAUGGACAGGCUGGGGCUCCUGGGGCAAAUCUCUGCUCUCGUCAGCAUCUGCCACAGUAGGUCAUGGGUUGACCGCAGUCAAGGAAAAAGCAGGAGCCACUCUGCGGAUUCAUAGUGCCAACCCUGGCUCUUCUGAAGGGACCCAAUCUGAUGCCGAAAACAGCGUCCCUCCACUGGCAGAUGCAGCCACAGAUCAGAGCCCCACAGAAAGCCCACCCAUUUCUCCCUCCUCGGGGUCCCGGGGCAUGCUGUCAGCCAUCACCAAUGCGGUUCAGAACACAGGGAAAAGCGUCCUAACAGGUGGUCUCGAUGCUUUGGAAUUCAUCGGCAAGAAAACCAUGAACGUCCUUGCAGAAAGUGACCCAGGCUUUAAGCGCACUAAGACGCUCAUGGAAAGAACCGUUUCUUUAUCUCAGAUGUUACGGGAAGCUAAGGAAAAAGAGAAGCAGAGACUGGCUCAGCAGCUCCCAGAUGAGAGGACUGUACAUUAUGGCCUGCUGUUUGAUGAGUAUCAAGGCCUGUCACACCUAGAAGCCCUGGAAAUUCUGUCCAAUGAAAGUGAAAGCAAGGUACAGUCAUUUUUAGCAUCGCUCGAUGGAGAGAAGCUGGAACUCUUAAAAAAUGACCUCAUUUCUAUCAAAGACAUCUUUGCAGCCAAAGAGUUAGAGAAUGAAGAAAAUCAAGAAGAACAAGGCUUAGAAGAAAAGGGAGAAGAAUUUGCUAGCAUGCUCACAGAGCUUCUCUUUGAAUUACAUGUUGCGGCCACACCUGACAAACUCAAUAAGGCCAUGAAAAAAGCUCAUGACUGGGUGGAAAAAGACCAGUCCAUUGUGUCAGUAGAUGCGGCAGAAGAGUCAGAGGAGAAAACCAAGAAGGAAGUAAAGGAAGAGAACCCUGAACUCGCCAAAGAAGACAAAAAGGAGGAAAGAACAGUUGAGGAAGUCUGUAAGCUGUCCAUUGAAAGUCUAGCAGAAGUAACAGCUCGAUGUAUUGAGCAACUUCAUAAAGUAGCAGAAUUAAUUCUUCAUGGACAAGAAGAAGAAAAACCAGCUCAGGACCAAGCAAAAGUCCUCAUGAAAUUAACUACUGCAAUGUGCAAUGAAGUAGCCUCCUUAUCCAAGAAGUUUACAAAUCUGUUAACCUCUGUUGGGAGCAACAAGAAAGCUGAGGUCCUUAACCCUAUGAUCAACAGUGUAUUGUUAGAGGGCUGCAAUAGCACAACCUACAUCCAGGAUGCCCUCCAGCUGCUGCUGCCCAUCCUGCAGGUUUCCCACAUUCGGAUCAGUAGUGCCAAAGCACAGCCAUAACCUAGCGAGACUCCAUCUGGUUGAAAGAACCGUGGGCCGUGCUAGUUUGCCAUGUAUCGUCUAAGGGGCUCCUUCUACAAUCUGAAGACACUAGAUGCCGUCUGAAGACACUAGAAGCAAUUUUGCACAGACAGUAUUGGAGAAGCUCUGUGAAAAGAGUAGCACUUCUCAGUGUGAUGCUGCUUUUGAACAUCAUCAUGUUUUCUUUCUGCUAAUUAAAAUUCACACUACUUUGCAUUAAGCAUCUCCUAUAAUCCAAUAGUGAUUCACAAAUAGCAAUUUCCAUGUUCAUGUUCAGUGUUCUUGUUCAGACAUACUAUAUUGGGAAAAUUCUUGUGCAGACACUAGAGUUUUUUUGUUUGUUUUUUCCCAAUUUUCACCCUUUAAUUUUCUAAAUCUUAAAGUGUUACUUUAAAUCAGUUCUUAUAGUGGGCCUUGUAUUGUUCCAUAGAUGUCAAAGACAAAGAUAACCCUACCUAUAGAUUGUACUUUUAUGGUUAAAGAGGAACAUAAGCUUCUCUUUGUGGUCAUCCAUUCUCAAAAUAAGCCCUUACUGGGCACCUAUUAUGUGCUCACAAUAGAGAAACAUGGUCCCCCCCCCCCAAGAGAGACUGAUAUUUAGAAAGAGUUUAUUCUAUUUCUUAAUAUCUUUAAGAAUAUUAGUAAAUUUCUUAUAUCUUAAGCAAAAUGUGAACAGUAAGGUAGACUGGUGACUUUUAAAAGUGUUCUACCUUUCAAUUUGUUGUCUUUUUCCACACUUCUUAAACUUUACAUCCCAAACUUUAUAUAUGCAGCAAAAAUGUAUAUGAAAAGAGGCCUUAAUAUGUAGUUAGUUUAAAAUUAACUUCCUAUGGCCCUAGUUUCAUGGUAGCAUAAUGACAAAGCGUAAAAGUAUUUAAAUAGAAAUAUAAAGGGAUUUUACCACAGCAGGUCCCUAGGACUGCUUUUAAAAUCUACAGCUGGGGAGGUAGCAUAAUGGUUUUGCAAAUAGGUUCAUACCUGAGACUCUAUAAUAAAGUCCCAGCUUCAGUCCCGGCACCACCAUAGGCCAGAACUGAACAUUGUUCUGGGAGGGAAAAAAAGAAAAGAAAAGAAAAGAAAAGAAAAGAAAAGAAAGAAACUACUACAACUGAGUUAAGCUGUGCCAUAAAUACACAGAUCACAUUUGCUGGUGUUAAGUGCUGUCAUUUCUUCUAGAGGAGAGAAAACACUGGUGAUGGGUUGACUAGCUGGGACACUGAUCCUUGCAAGACUGUGCAGAGGACCAUGCAGCCAUGAGAGGUAUAGUCGGGGCAUUUCAGAGCUCCAUAUAUUCAUUCCAGAUGAGGAUUCUGUUUAAUGCUCCUCUUUUCUUUCUUUCUUUUUUUUUUUUUUUUUGCCUCCAGGAUUAUUGCUGGGGCUCAGUGCCUGCACCAUUGAAUCCACUGCUCCUGGAAGCCACUUUUGCCCCUUUUGUUGCCCUUGUUGUUGUAGUAGCCUUGUUGUGGUUAGUGUUGUUGUUGUUGCUGUCAUUUGUUGUUGGGAUAGGACAGAGAGAAAUGGAGAGAGGAGGGGAUGACAGAGAUGGGGAGAGAAAGAUAGACACCUGCAGAACUGCUUCACUGCCUGUGAAGCGACUCCCCUGCAGGUGGGGAGUCAGGGGCUCGAACUGUGAUCCCUAUGCAGGUCCUUGCGCUUUGCGCCACAUGCGCUUAACCCACUGCGCUACCACCCGACUCCCCAAUGCUCCUCUUUCUGUGCCACAUCAGCAUCCCUGCAGGCACUGUCACAGACUUGCCCAAUGUCUUGUCUCUCUCUCUCUCUCCCUCUCUCUCUCUCUCGCAAAUGAAGCCUGUAGUUUUUCAAGGGUGGAAAUCUCUUUCCAAUUUGCUUUUCCUCCCCUGAUAGAGUAGACUGCCUUUGUUCGUGCAGGUGACUGAGAGAGAUUUUUAAUGUCAUUCCACUUAUUAGCAUUUCACUCACCUGUGUCCUACAUUUCAUUGGUGUGCCUCCUAAAACAGCUAAAUGGAAAGCAUAAGCCCAAUUUAUUUACAGUCUGGAAAAAAGGAUUUUCUCUGAGGAGUCAAUUAAAGAUGCUCUUUCCUACUUG